AUGUCAACCUUUACUUUAAAUGAUGGUAGUAUCGUCACUAAACUCCAAAUAGAUCAUUGGAAUAAACGGCUUCAAUAUUUAACAACUCCUCAAGAAAUUAUUCAAUGGGCUAUUUUAACCUUUCCAAAUAUCUUCCAAAUCACAGCAUUUGGGUUAACAGGGUUAGCUACCAUUGAUAUAAUCUCCAAAUUAACUGGCGAUAUUUCUCAAGAAAAAGAUAAUAAAGAUAUUGUUCCUUGUGUUUUUAUUGAUACAUUACAUAAUUUUCCACAAACCCUUGAUCUUUUAGCAAAAAUUAACACAAAAUACUUCAUACCAAAGGGUACCAAAAUCAAUGUUUUUAAACCAUUAGGAUGCGAAACAGAGAAAGAAUUUGAUGCAAAGUAUGGUGAUAUGCUCUGCGAAACUGAUGAUUUGAAAUAUGAUUUCGUAGCAAAAGUUGAACCAUUACAAAGGGCCUAUAAAAGUUUAAAUAUUGGAGCCGUUUUUACAGGCAGAAGAAGGUCUCAAGGUGGUGAAAGAAAGCAACUUUCAUUUGUCGAGUUAGAUGAAGAAACCAAAAUCUUGAAAAUUAAUCCAUUUUUGUUAUGGAGUUUUGAAGAAGUUCAAAAUUAUAUUAUAGAGAAUCAUAUACCAUAUAAUGAGUUAGUUGAUUUAGGUUACAAAUCGAUUGGUGAUUAUCAUUCAACACAGCCAGUUGCCUCUGGUGAAGACGAGAGAUCUGGUAGAUGGAAAGGCCAAGCUAAAUCUGAAUGCGGUAUUCACAAGAGUAAAGAAUAUACAAAAUUUAUACAAACUACAAAUGUAAAUUAA